CAAAGCAUCAACGCCGCAUCGAGCUAUGGCAACUCAAUACCUGUGGAGCCUCCUAGCGGCGGUCGUCGCUCUCCGGCUUCUUUUCCUCAUCUACAACGCCGUGGUGGCGCAGCCGCGGAAGCUGCGUUCCACCCUGCGCCGCCAAGGCCUGUCCGGUCCGCCACCGGCUCUUCUUCUUGGAAACAUCAUGGAGAUGAAGAGGGCCCGGGACGCGGCCGCCAAGGUCGCCCCCGUCUCCGGCCCCCCGGCCGCUCACAACUGUGGCGCCGCGUUGCUCCCCUUCUUCGACGAGUGGAGGGAACGCUACGGGGAAGUAUUCGUUUUCGCACUAGGCACCACGCAGAUCGUGCACGUGACCCAGCCGGAGAUGGUGAAAGAGAUCACGACGUGCACGUCCCUCGACCUUGGGAAGCCAACAUACCAGGCGAAGGAGCGAGGCGCGCUGCUCGGACAAGGAAUCCUGACCUCGAACGGACCUCAUUGGGUCCACCAGAGGAAGAUCCUUGCACCUGAACUCUUCAUGGACAAAGUAAAGGGGAUGAUUGAGUUGAUCCAAGAUUCGAGUAUGUCGUUGUGCGAUUCGUGGACGAGGCUAGUCGAGGAAGGUGGUGGGUUAGCAGAGAUUAAGAUUGAUGAGUAUAUAAGGAGCUUCUCAGGAGAUGUGAUAUCAAGAGCUUGUUUUGGAAGUAAUUUUUCCAAAGGAGAAGAGAUUUUCUUGAAACUAAGAGCCUUGCAAGAAGUUUCCUCCAGGAAAAUCUUCGCCACUGGCACGGGCAUGAGGCACCUUCCGACGAAGAGCAACCGGGAGGCGUGGGCAUUGGAGAAGGAAAUCAAGACGUUGAUCCUGGACGUGGUGAAGCAGAGAGAUGAGGCCGGAUUCGAGAAGGAUCUCCUGCAGAUGGUGCUUGAAGGAGCGAGACAGAGUGAUCUAAGCCACGAGGCAGUCGACCGGUUUGUGGUCGACAACUGCAAGAACAUAUACUUAGCCGGGUACGAGACCACUGCCGUGUCAGCCACGUGGUGCCUCAUGCUCUUGGCCUCCAACCCGGACUGGCAGGACCGGAUCCGCCAUGAAGUGGCCAAUGUCUGCCAGGGCCGGCUCCCUGACUACAAGGCCACAAUGAAAAUGAAACUGUUGACUAUGGCGAUCAACGAGUCGCUACGCCUCUACCCACCAGUGUCAGUGGUGUCGAGGGAGGCCCUUAAGGACAUGAAAUUCGGGAAGUUGAAUGUGCCAAAGGGUGUCAAUUUGUGGACAUUGGUCACGACUUUGCAUACGGACCCUGAGAUAUGGGGAUCGGACUCGUAUGAGUUCAAUCCCGAGAGAUUUGCGGAUGGGGUAGCGGGCGCGUGCAAGUAUCCCUACUUGUACAUGCCCUUUGGGGUCGGACCCCGUCUCUGCUUAGGCCAAAACCUUGCUUUGAUCGAACUCAAGAUCUUGAUUUCCUUAAUUUUAUCCAAAUACUCCAUUUCUUUGUCACCUAUAUAUGUUCAUUCCCCAUGCCUAAAUUUGGUUAUUGAGCCCAAAUUUGGAGUUCAUCUUCUGGUUAAGCACUUGUAAUUCUUGAUUUUUACCAGUGUGGUGUAUUUUAAUCUGUUGUUUUCACCAGUCCCACUUUUUUUUACCAUUACAUUUUAUUUUA